UAUAUGCUGUGUGUAUGUGUGUGCACUUACCGAAGCAAAAACAAAUAUUACGAUUCCCUAAAACUGCUCAAGAAAUCCAGUGCACAUUCAUAGGCACAGCACUGCAUGUACAGCAACCUUCAAAUAUGUAAAGUAACCUUGAAAUACUCUAAUUUUAGAGCAACUUUCUAGCCUUACAGAUAUAUGCAUAUGUUUUUGUGCACUUUUUAUCAAAUGAAGAACUAUUAUACAUAUGUAAAGUAAUCUACUAACUAACUAUUUACCUACUAUUAGAGAACAUAAAAUAAUUGUUUCGAAAAUUUUUCCUAGUAUUGAAAUGUCCGACACAGAACUUUUUUAUAAGCUACUUGUGUUGUUUUCUGCAACGUACUGUAUGCUCCUAAGCGCUCUUGACGCACAGCAGCUGCGGUUGUCGAGCAUUUAGAAGACAUUUAUACACACAUAUAUGGGUGCAAACAUAUAUACGAGCCGCGUCCAUUCGACAUGACAAAAAUUCCAGAUUUACCAAACAUUGCCAAAUAAUUCUACGCGAAAUAUUCCAAUAUUGACUAUUUUCGAAUGGUAGAGAAAAUUGACAUAUGGGUGUGUUACGCCAAAUGGCCUAUUGUUUUAAUUAUUAAUAUAAGUAAUUAUCCGAAAUGAAUUUUAUAGUUUUAAUUAUUAAUUUAAGUAAUUAUCCGAAAUGAAUUGUAAUAAAAUUGUUCAAAGUAUAUUCUGCCUUAAUAACACUAUGUAUAUAUGUAUAAGUACAUAGAUAACAUUUCAUAACAUUAAUUAUAUAAGGUCCGUUAGUUAAGUUUAGGCUAAGGAAACCUAUAUAAACAUGAAGUAGGAAAUAAAGAAGUUACUUGUGAAUUUACAACGAACGCGCUCGCUAGUUAUAUUUCAGGCAAUUGUUGUGUUCGCGCAUCCCUCCCAAAAAUAAUUAAUCUUAAAAAGGCUUAAGAAUUUUUUCAUGGCGCCCGAGCAGGGACAUGAUGCGUGAAACAUAAUUAAAAAAUUAAACAUAAACAAUACGGAAAUUAUUUCCAAAGACAAAACAAUAAACAUAUAUGUACAAACAAUAAGUGCUUUAAUUAGCAACAACAAUUGCCUGCGCGUUUUACAUUUUUGCAAGUCCGGUUUCGCAUCAAGUGCAGUGACAAAAGCAAACAAACAAACAAACUAACAUAAAAACCACCCUCACUAAAAGGUUCAGUGACUUAAUCCAAAAUUAAAAAAAACGAGUACAUAGUGUACAUACAUACAUAAACAUAUAAGGAGAGAAGCGGUAAUACAGUGUCGUGUUUAUGGAACAUAGUGAAAAAAAAAAAAUCUUAAAUUAUAAUUAUACAUAAAAAUAAAAACAGUAAAUUAAUAAAUAGCGGCGGUAAAAAAGCGUGCCAAAUUAUCUAUUUGUGCUUAAAAAAAAAAAAAAAUAAUAAAUAAAAAAGAAUAAACCAAAAUACAUAGUGCAUAGCUGAAACAGUGCGGUACUUAUAUGUAUAUAUAAACGGUCACAGUGGUACCUAUAUAAAUGUUCUCGGCCAAAAAUAAGGCAAUUUUAUAAAAAACAAAAAAAAAAAAAAAACCGUUACAAAAAAAAAAAAAAGGAAAAAGAAACUGUGACCCCUAAAACAUAAAAAUAAAAAUUACCUAAGUGCCGUAAUUGGAUGCCGCUAAGAAUUCAGUUCUGUUCUUAAAAAAAAAAAAAACAGUGGAAUUCACCGCUGCUCAUUUGCAGUUCGUCGCCCUCAUCAAUAUCACUGUCCGCAGUCACAGUUCUCGCAGUUACUGCCAUACUCGCCGCUGCUCUCAUCGCUGUAACCGUCGCUGCUACUCUGGUCACUGGUCAUCGCCCGCUGUCGCUGUAAUUCCUACCGCUGGUUCUGUCGCCGCCAGGAAUGACCUGCACCUGCAUCCUUUGCAAAAGGAAAGUCAAGGCUUGCAAUAAGCCUCUACAGAUUCAUUGGACGCCGAGGAAUGCCGCGGAAAAUAUACAGCGUCAACGCCACCAACUUCGUCGGCGCCGAUCGCAAGCUUCGCGAGUUGAGGGAUGCUUUCGAGGCCCAACAAACGGAAGUACAGAAAUACGCAACGGACGAAGGAUUCACCUUCGCCUUUAUACCACCCAGGGCACCGCACUUCGGCGGGUUAUGGGAGGCGGCAGUGAAGUCCGCCAAACACCUUCUCGUGCGCGCAAUCGGCAACGCGCUGCUCACCGCCGAAGAACUGCAGACGCUGCUCGUCGAGGUCGAGGCCGUAUUCAACUCACGACCCCUGGUACCACUGAGUCAGGACGCGAACGAUGGAGAGGCCCUAACACCAGCGCACCUACUAGUUGGGUGCCCCCUUCGAGCGCUGUCACCAGCCCAAGUAUCGAUGGACCAAAUGCGUUGCUGCGACAGAUGGCAACUUGUCUGUUGUCUCAAGCAACAGUUUUGGCGACUGUGGUCCAGGACCUACCUGUUGGGUCUUCAACAGAGGAGCAAGUGAUUGCAUCCGAAGCGCAACCUCGAGCUGAACGACCUCGUCCUGGUUCAGGAAGACAACACACCACCGCAGCAAUGGGUGCUCGGCCGCGUCGCCGCAAUCGUAACAGGGCAAGACGGCAAGGUCCGCCUAGCAGACGUGGCAACCAAAGCGGGCGUAAUUAAACGCCCCAUUCACAAGCUCGCCGUACUGCCAUCAGUCGUUGAAGGACCAUGAGCCUUUCAAGGUGGCCGGUGUU